AGGCUGGGUGGCUCAGCUCCGCCUCCGCCGCCGCCCCGCGCAGCGCCGCGCCGGGCCCGACAAGCCGGGCCUGAGGAGAGCCGCCGAGAGAAGGACGCGGGCAGCCAUGGCCGAAGCGGCGCCUGCCCCGGCUCCAGAGAGGGACAAGCAAACAGGGGAUGAAAGGCCUUCGCCGCCUUCUCCAUCACCCCAGCUGGCUGCUGAGAAGAGCUCAUACCUCUACUCCACGGAGAUCACGCUGUGGACGGUGGUGGCCGCCAUCCAGGCCUUGGAGAAGAAGGUGGAUUCCUGCCUGGCCCGCCUGCUGACUCUGGAGGGGCGGACAGGGAAGGCCGAGAAGAAGUUGGCCGACUGCGAGAAGACGGCCGUGGAGUUGGGGAACCAGCUGGAGGGCAAGUGGGCAGUGCUGGGGACCCUGCUGCAGGAGUACGGGCUGCUGCAGAGGCGGCUGGAGAACGUGGAGAACCUGCUGAGGAACAGGAACUUCUGGAUCCUGCGGCUGCCCCCGGGCAGCAAGGGCGAGGCCCCCAAGGUGCCCGUGACCUUUGAUGAUGUGGCCGUGUAUUUCUCUGAGCCAGAGUGGGGCAAGCUGGAUGAGUGGCAGAAGGAACUGUACAAGCACGUGAUGCGGGGCAACUACGAGACGCUGGUCUCCCUGGAUUAUGCCAUCUCCAAACCGGACAUCCUCACCCGGAUGGAGAGGGGAGAGGAGCCUUGCCCUGAAGGCCCGAGGGGCCGGGAGGAGGGGAGUGACAGAGAGGAAGCACGCCCAAGGAGGCUGGGCGCUGGCCUUCCUCCGUACCCAGAGCACAUCUCCAGCCCAGUCAGCCCUGCCCAGAAGGAGCCAAAAGAAGGUCAGGCCUCCAAGCAGCAGCAAGACUCAGAAACAAGAGUAACCCCACCUGAAACGAGCACUGGACCGCUAGCCAGCACUAGCGUUUUGUCCUCGGUUAAACGGGAGGAAGAAUCUUCAGAUGGGGAGUCACCCACCUCCCCUCCCAGGGACAUCCUGCCCGGCACGGGGCCAGGUGGUGGCGGUAUGGUCAUCAAGACGGAAGCACAAUCUGAGGACGAGAUGAUGCCUGAGCAGCUCUACCUGGGGGAGUCCCCCAGCCAGCCAGAGUGUAGACUCCCCAAAGGGCCCCGGAGCAGGACCGGGGGUUCCGGCCGGCUUCACUCGGGGGCAGUGCCCAGGGCGCGGGCAGGGGACCCUCUGCCACCGGGGGCACCGGGGGCGGGGGGCGAGCCGCCUCGCAUCCUCCCCCGCCGGCGAGAGCGGGCCUUCCCCUGCCCUGACUGCGGACAGAGCUUCCGCUUGAAGAUCAACCUGACCAUUCACCAACGGACCCACGCGGAGGAGGAGCAGCAGCGCGGGGAGGCCCGGGGCGGCUCGGCCUCCGGGGCCGGGGCACGUGCCCACCCCGCGCUGGAGCCGGGGGAGGUGGUGGUGCCCGGCCCUGUCAUCCGCUGGCUCCCAGAGGAGCCCGAGGGCCGCCGCUGCUUCGUGGGGCGGAGGCCGGCGGCCGCCAAGGUGUACCACUGCAGCGAGUGCCUGCGCUUCUUCCAGCAGCGGAAGAGCCUGCUGCUCCACCAGCGCCUGCACACCGGCGACAGCCAGGGCUGGCCCGCCUGCCCCUACUGCGGCAAGGCCUUCCGCCGGCCCUCGGACCUCUUCCGGCACCAGCGCAUCCACACGGGCGAGCGGCCCUACCCGUGCCCCGAGUGCGGCCGCGCCUUCAACCGCAACCACCACCUGGCAGUCCACAUGCAGACGCACGCGCGCGGCCAGGGCGGCCCGCACGUUCCGGCUCCCCCCGCCCGCCUGGGCAGCCCGCCGCUGGCACGGCCCAGCCCCUCCGAGGAGGGCUGACCGGGCAGGAGCCUGCGGGGCACACCCUGCAGGACCACCUCUCCACCGGCGGAGCCUUUCCACUUGUGCCUGAUGCUGGUUCCUCCUUCUGGGAUGGCUUUGGAGAGAGCUUUUUUCCCUUCAUUCAAAUGGGAAGCAGUGGCCUUUUUGAUGACAGAGUGUAUGCAUGCCAGAUGCCUCAGUUUCCUAAGUUUGUCACUCUGCUGCCUUUUCUACAUUCCUGACUUAUACAGGAGCCACUAAGGCUCAGGGGAUGCCAAGCUUUGGUGGGGGCCUUUGACGGGUACCAUGGACAGGCAACAGGACCAGAGGCCAUGGCCUUUCUAGUAGGGGGUGUUCGAGACACGGAGAGCCUGGGGUUUGAUUUUAUACACAGAGGUCUUGGCCUUCUGUCAACACGAGAAACAGCAGAGUGGACAGACAGCCUGAAGAAUAGGCACUGGAAAUUUAAGUUUUCUACUGUUAUUUUGAAACUUUUUUUUUAUGGAGAUUUUCUAAGUGCUUCUGUAAGUAUUGUGUGUGGUUGUAAAGGGAACCAAGAACUCCUGAGGGGCAGGGAUUAUUCUGCCACCUCCUUGUGUGUGGGGAUGGCAGAGGGACUGUCCAGACCAGCCUGGGAAUGCCUGUUGAUGGGGAUGCCUUGGCUACUGCCCUGGAAACCAGGUGUCUUCCCAGGUGUGUGUUCCUUGGCCUAGACUGAUUCCCAGUAUUCCUGGUCCUUUCCCCAGUGGGUGUUCACAUCCAUGAUUGAUUUUGGUAAUCAGCUGAGAGCGGGGAACUGCAGCCUGGAGUGGAUGACAUUUCCCCCAAGGUCUCAGUGUUCAUGGGUGUGCACGCUCCAUGGACUGGACCCCACCUGACACCUGGGGGGUGGGGGAGGUCAGGUGCAGAGCGGGCCCAGGAAGUUCCUCCCGAGAGGAAGAUCCUGGUCUGAGUGAGGCUGGUCAGCCCACAUGGACUGUGGGGUUGCCAGGCCUGAUUUGUCACAUUAAAGGAGGGGGUUGUCUUCUAGAACUUGGGGCUCAUGGCAGAAUUAGGCCAGGAGAUCUAGGUGAAUCUUUUAACCACCUCCAUGCUCGUGUUACUUGUCUGUCGAAGGUGGUAAUGACCCCAGUGCAUCCUACCUCACCUUAAAGUUGUCAGGGUCAUAAUAGAUUUAGAGGCAGCAGGACAAAUAGGAAGCCUGAUUUCAACCUUCCUUUCAAGUUCAGGGCCCCCUUUCUCUUUCAUGUUGAUCUCCAGCCCUCUUCCCAGUCAGAAUCAAGAAGGACCUUUAUUUUCUGGAGUGAGUGGAAGGUCCCACGGGUGCAGAGUGAGGUAAGACUUUCCCUUUGGGCUGUAUCCCCCAGGAGCCUUUUGUACCUCAGUGGAACAAAUUCUCACCAAAGCAAUGAGGUUCAAACUGUGGAGGUUCGGGCCAUUGGGCCUCGUGGAGAAGUCUUGAUGGCAGCUAGUUUCUUGUGCCUCUUAAAUCACACCACUUUGGGUGCUCCCCAUAGACCAGCCCUCGGUCUGGGUGAUUUUGAAGCUGGAGUGAUGGGUCCUCAGCUCUUCUGAUUGUUGUCUUACUUAUCUGGCACUAUGUGAAGUGUCCAGUGUUCAGGCCUGCUUCCAGGUGCCUGGGUCCCUGGCUGUGCCACUUCCUCUUGCCCCCCUCUGACCCUCGUACCUCUCCUAAAGUCCUGAACAGGGUUGGGGGCAGAUGGAAACAUUGCUGUCAUCUCUGGGGCAAGAGUAUACACGUCAGUGACCGCUCAGCCAAGCUCCUCUGGGCUUGGGAGAGGUGCCACCCUUCCCUGCCAUAGAUUCUGUUUGCUCUGGUAUCUCCCAGCCCUUGCCAGGGCCCCACAGUCAGGGCUGGGCUGUCAGCAAGUGCUCAGACAGGAUGUAGUGCUAGUGAAGCUGCUGAGAGCUUAGCCCUCAGCUGCAAGAGCUAGUCUCAGGUGUUUCCUUGGAAGGCCUCAGGCCUCAGAGUUUCCAGGCUUUUCUAAUGCUUAAUGCCCUGUGUAAAUAUGCAGACUCUAACAGAAGCAGCAGUUACUGUGCAGUGGUGCUCCUCUUCCAAAGCAUUCAGUGUGCCAGGCUCCCAGCUAGGCCCUGUGAAUUUGCCUGGCACUCAAUAGGUGUUCAAAGGACAUUCUUUACACUAAAAUGAGUCAACGGAGGCUGCGUCACCUGGGAGGCUGGAGCCUGGUUUGACCCCAGACCCCCAGUUCUGGGUCUCGGGUUUCUCAUUUGUAAAGCAAAGUUGGGGUUCUGGUGUUAAAGGCCCUUAAGAACUGUGACGGUGGUGGAACCUUGGCCCCAUCAGUGCUCAAUAAAU